AUGGAAGACUCAGAAGAGGAAUUCAAGCCUAAUGACGAAGAGGAAGAAGAAGAGGAUGAUUUCGAACCAGAAGUCGUCGAGGAAGAAGACAGCGAAGCUCCAGUGGAUGAAGACGAAGACCUUCUCGUACAAGAGAUAGAACCAGAGCCAAAGCCAAGAAAAAGAAAGAGGGAGUCAGCAUCGCCUGCUCCAAAAGCUUCUCCGGCAAAGAAGCAACCAACCGCUACAUCGGGAUCAACCACACGCAACGUAGCCCAGGAUUCAUCAUCUGGCACGGCUGACGAGAUCCUUUCUCAAAUAGAUGAUGCGGAGUUGCCAGAGGCCAUGGAAACAGAAGGAAAAUUGAACUAUUUCGCCUUAAAGAACAAGCAACAGAAUGUUGCAGCUCCGUCAGGAAAUGUUGAGCUUCCUAUCGCGGCCCCAAACUGUUUAGGUGGCCUCACGAUUGUUUUCACAGGUGUUCUUCCUAAUUUAGACAGAGAUGCCGCUGAGUCUAUUGCCAAACAAUAUGGUGCAAGGGUAACAAAGUCCAUACUGAAAAAGACGAGCUUGGUUGUUAUUGGAGAGGAAGCGGGCCCUUCCAAGGUGAAGAAAAUCAAAGACUUCAAAAUCAAAGCUAUCAGUGAAGAUGGUUUCAUCGAGUUGUUACGAAGAAUGCCUGCCGAUGGUGGUGAUGGCUCUAAUGCUCAGGCUGCUAAGAAGAAGAGGGAGGAGGAGGAAAGAAUUAUAAGGGAAGAAGCACUAGCGCAAGAAAGAUUGGAGCAGAAGAAAGAGUUGGAGAGAAAGAAGGCUGCCGAGAAGGCUACCAAAGCUGCACAAGGACCAAAGCAGGAGUCAUCGCGUGCUGCUUCUCCUCCAAGAGAAAUUCCCAACAGCGAAAAAUUGUGGACAGUCAAGUAUGCACCAACAUCUACAGCCCAACUUUGUGGUAAUAAGGGACAAAUUCAAAAGUUGAAGAACUGGUUGGCAAAUUGGUUUGACAAUGCCAAGACCAACUUUAAGAAUAAGGGUGCCGACGGAUCGGGUAUUUUCCGUGCUGCAUUGAUCAGUGGACCUCCUGGUAUUGGUAAAACAAGUGCUGCCCACCUCGUUGCGCAAGAGUUGGGGUUUGACAUUUUGGAAAAAAAUGCAUCUGAUGUAAGAUCGAAAUCAUUGCUUAACAGUAACAUCAAAUCAGUACUCAACAACACUUCUGUUGUUGGUUUUUUCAAGCAUCAGGGCGAGAAAGAACACCAAACCAAUGAGAGAAGAUUUUGCUUGAUUAUGGAUGAAGUGGAUGGUAUGUCUAGUGGUGAUCAUGGUAGUGCUGGUGCGUUAUCUGCUUUUUGCCGUAUUACGAACAUGCCUAUGAUUUUGAUUUGCAACGACAAAUCGCUUCCCAAAAUGAGAACAUUUGACAGAGUAACGUUGGAUUUACCUUUCAGGAGGCCAUCCGAAAUGGAAAUGAAGUCCAGAUUGCUAACUAUUGCUUUCAGAGAAAAGCUCAAGUUGGAUCCAACCGUCAUUGGUCAACUAGUUCAAGCCACUGGUAAUGAUAUUCGGCAGAUUAUAAACUUGAUGUCUACGGUUUCCAAAACGCAAAAGAACAUCAACCAUGAUAAUGCCAAAGAGAUUGCAAAUAGCUGGAAGAAGCACUCGAUGUUAAAACCAUUUGCAAUUGUGCUGCAGUUUUUAGGUGGUGGGAUUUUCAACCCCAAUGCUCAUCACUCUUUGAAUGACAAGAUAGAAAUGUACUUCAAUGACAUUGAUUUUACCCCGUUGAUGAUCCAGGAGAACUAUCUUAAUCUGCUUCCUAGCGUCCUGACACCAAAGGAACAUUUGGAGAGAGUAGCAGCUGCUGCUGAUGCGAUUAGUCAGUCGGAUCAGAUUAAUUCUUUGAUUCGUUCGAGUGAACAGCAGUGGAGCUUGUUACCUUUCCAUGCGGUGAUGUCAACAGUGGUUCCCGCGAAAGAGGUGAGUGGGCGUAUGACGUCUUAUCCAGCAUUCACAAGUUGGCUAGGGCAAAAUUCGAAAACGAUGAAGUACACGCGGAUGCUUCAAGAAUUGCAAUACCAUACCCGGAUGAGAACUUCCACAAGCAAGAGCGAAUUACGGUUAGAUUAUGUCCCAGUUCUUAGUAAGAAGCUUUCGCAGCCGCUAAUUGACGAAGGUGAAGCUGGUAUUGAAGAAGUUAUGGAUAAUAUGGACUACUACUACAUCACGAAGGAAGACUGGGACAACUUGAUUGACUUUGGUGUGGGACCCAACAAAGGUGCCAACAUCUUGGCGCAAAUUCCCUCCAACGUCAAAGGAGCGUUCACCAGAAGGUACAACGGUGCAGCACAUCCAAUGGCCAUUCUCAAGACGGGUAACUCUGUCGGAGGUGGAGUGGGUAAGCAAAAGGCAGACUUUGAGGAUGUGGUUGAAGAUGAUACGAUAAAUGAUGAUGAGGAGCCAGAGGUUGAAGACAAUGGCAAGUUUGAUCCGAAAAAGGACAAAUUCAUCAAAGAAGUUAAGCCCAAAAAGGGCAGGAAAACGGGCACGACAGGAAGUGCUGCGUCUAAGAAAAGUACUACAUCGAAAGCCAGAGCUAGUGCAUCCAAGAAUACUACCAGUCUGCCGGCAUCGAAAAAACGCAAAGUUACAAAAUAA